GAAUUAAAAGACCUACGAUGCCCUAAAGAUAUUUUUACGAACGCAUUCUGAAGGCAGCGUUUUUUUCCCUUAUUUUCCCCCGCUUUCGUGUCUGCGAGGCGAGGUCCGGUUUUCUGAGGAUUCUGCUUUACCCGUUGAAGAAGCUUAGUCUGGAAGUACAUACUGAGAAGAAUUUUCCAUUAUGGCUGGUCAGAGGAAUAAUCAUGGGAAGCGUUCCCAUUCUCAAUCUGACUAUUCUGAGAAUGGUGGAAGUAAGAGAAGGAACCCUGGUGAUGAUAGGGAUCAAUAUGCUCCUGGGCCAGAUGAUACAGUCUAUCGCUAUUUAUGUCCUGGGAAAAAGAUUGGAAGUAUAAUUGGGAAAGGAGGUGAGAUUGUUAAGCAACUAAGAUCAGAAAGUCAAUCAAAGAUUAGGAUUGGUGAGACCAUGCCAGGAUGUGAUGAGCGUGUUGUCACUAUAUUUAGUUCAAGCCGUAAAACUAAUGAAUUUGAAGAUACUGGGGAUUUUGUUUCCCCUGCACAAGAUGCUCUCUUCAGGGUGCAUGACAGACUUGUUGCGGAUGAUGCUCCUGUUGAAGAUGCUGAAGAGGCUCAGCAAGUUACUGCUCGGCUGCUUGUACCAUCAGAUCAGAUUGGCUGUAUAAUAGGGAAAGGUGGUCAGAUAAUUCAAAGUAUACGCACUGACACUGGUGCUCAGAUUCGCAUUCUAAAGAAUGAACAUCUGCCUCCUUGUGCCUUGAAUACUGAUGAACUACUCCAGAUAACUGGGGAUGCUGCACUUGUAAAGAAGGCUCUUUAUCAAAUAUCGUCCCGUCUUCAUGAUAAUCCCUCUCGCUCUCAACAUCUGCUGACCUCUGCCAUGUCAAACAUGUAUCACUCAAGUGGCCCAUUUGUGGGUUCAAAUGCAGGUCCACAAAUUGUAGGCUUAGCUCCAUUGGUUGGUCCUUAUGGUGGAUAUAAAGGUGAUGGAAGAAAUGAAUGGGGACACUCUUUUUAUUCUGGUCCAAGAGAUGAAGCCUCUACAAAGGAGUUCUCACUACGUUUGGUUUGUCCAACUGGAAAUAUUGGAGGAGUUAUUGGGAAGGGUGGAUCUAUCAUCAAGCAAAUCAGGCAAGAUUCUGGGGCAACAAUAAAAGUUGAUAGCUCUGCUGCUGAAGGAGAUGAUUGCAUAAUAUCUAUCUCGGCAAAGGAACUCUUUGAAGAUCCAUUCUCUCCAACAAUUGAUGCAGCAAUACGCUUGCAGCCCAAAUGCAGUGAGAAAGCUGAUAGAGAAACUGGUGAUUCAUCAAUCACAACUCGUCUACUUGUGCCAACCUCACGUAUUGGAUGCCUUAUUGGUAAAGGUGGGGCUAUCAUUACAGAGAUGAGGAAAGUCACUAAAGCAAAUAUACGCAUACUUUCAAAAGAAAACCUUCCAAAAGUUGCUUCUGAAGAUGAUGAGAUGGUGCAGAUUACUGGAGAUCUAGACAUUGCAAGGAAUGCUCUGUUACAUGUUACCACUCGGUUAAAAGCCAAUUUCUUUGACAGAGAAGGUGCACUGAAUGCAUUUCCACCCGCUCUUCCUUAUAUUUCCAUGUCAGCAGAUGUUCCAGAUGGUUCAAAAUAUAGCAGUAGGGAUAACAAAACCCAUGGACGUGGGUACUCCUCUUAUCCUCUUGGAUAUGGUUCCAGUGAUUUGCCCCCCAGUGACAGUUAUGGAGGUUAUGGCUCACAGAGUGGCAGUGGUUAUGGAUCAUAUGGUGGCUACUCUUCUGGCCGCUCUGGUAGUGCAGGGUUAUCUGGUCAUAACCCUGUUUCCCAUGGGAAACAUCAUGGUUAUUAGAGUCCUCGAUGAUUAGGGCCUGCAGCUGAGAUCUAUGAAGCCUGAAGCCAGCCUACUGCCUCUUUGAUGAAGCCUCCAGCCUAAACCAGAAGACCAGAUGAAAAAGGUUUGAGAAACUUGUGGCCCACCUAUGAAGCUAUUUUUAGGAGGACCAACAUUAUCUGGAGAUUACCGUUGAACCUUUUUGCAGCCUUGACACCACAUCUUACCGAGAGCUUUUAUGAUUUAUGAGUUGCAGUAACAUUACUCACUUAUCUGUAAAAGUACAUUGUACUUGGUGGCCAUGAUUCUCUUUGUUGGCAGUUCUACCAGUAACUCGGCUUUGAUGUUAGAUCUUGUCUGUAUUGGUUAGUUAUGCCUAUUGCUAGGAAGUUAUGAGUUUAGGCAGUGGAACCUGGAGUAUUAGGUAGGGACUAAAUUGUGGUGGAACUCAUAGUUUACUUGGAUCAGUUGUGGGCUUUAAUGGCGUCAUUUAGACAUUUAUGCUUUUUGUAACACUGGUUGAGAACUCUAUCCUUAUGAGUAUUGUGUUUCUAUUUUAA